AUGCCGUUUUCUGGAGUUACCGGAAUGCGACCCGAUCUUAUUAUCAAUCCUCACGCAUUUCCUUCUAGAAUGACUAUUGCAAUGCUUCUAGAAUCUAUUGCUGCAAAGGGAGGCUCGUUACAUGGGAAAUUUGUGGACGCGACACCUUUCUCAAGCUCGGUUAAUAAGUCCGAUGAAAGUGAGGGGGACCCACUUGUGAAUGAACUUUUCUCCAUGUUAACUGCUCGCGGAUUUAACUACUCUGGUACUGAAGUCUUGUACAGUGGAGUUUAUGGGAAAGAGUUAAAAUGUGAGAUUUUUAUUGGUCCGGUUUAUUUUCAAAGACUGAGGCAUAUGGUUUCCGACAAGUUCCAGGUUAGAUCAACUGGAACAGCGGAUCAAGUGAGGAGGUGA